GUUAAGAAGAGGCGGAUUUGAGGGUCUUGCUUAGGGGGACCAGUUUGGAGAAGACCCGGAGGGGGUCUGCGGCUCAUGUGGAAGGAUCAGACCAGCCAGAACUCACUGGAACUCAGUUCUGGCCCCUCUCAGGUGGGCGCCGUUCUAAGAGAAAGAGAGAGGCAUUCACAAAAAGAUGGACACUUUCAGCACCAAGAACCUGGCUCUGCAAGCUCAGAAGAAGCUUCUGAGCAAGAUGGCGUCCAAAAACAUGGCCAGCAUCUUCAUUGAUGACACCAGCAGCGACAUCCUGGACGAACUGUACCGGGUCACCAAGGAGUACACGAGGAACCGCAAGGAAGCCCAGAAGAUCAUCAAGAACCUGAUCAAGGUGGUCAUGAAGCUGGGUGUCCUCUACCGCAACGGACAGUUCAACGCGGACGAGCUGGCCCUCAUGGAUCGCUUCCGGAAGAAGUUGCACGCUUUGGCCAUGACCGCCGUCAGCUUCUACCAGAUAGACUUCACCUUCGACCGGCGGGUCCUGUCCAACAUGCUGAAGGAGUGCUCCGAGCUGCUCCACCAGGCGGUCAACACCCACCUGACGGCCAAGUCCCACUCGCGUAUCAACCAUGUCUUCAACCACUUUGCGGACUACGAGUUCCUCUCGGCCCUCUACGGGUCGUCUGAGCCUUACCGCACGCACCUGCAGAGGAUCUGCGAAGGGCUCAACCAAAUGCUCGACGAAGGGAACAUCUGAGAGCCCGGCCUGCCAGCUUUCCGAAAGCUUUCUGUGUUGGCAAGGGAACAUCAGGAGAUGGUUGUUGAUUUUGGUGGCCUCCACUUGGACUUCUCCAUGCUGUAUGGCACGAAGCAACUUGUGGUCUUUCGGGGUUCGGCUUGGUCAUGCUUAGGCGCUUGCGGGGAGGGUGUUAUUCCUGGUUCAAAUGGUCCGUCCUCCUCCUCCACUUCAUGUGGGAAUGUUAAGGAUAGUAGGAGAGGAUAUAUUGAUUAAGUAUUAUCCUUCCUUCACUCACGUUAGUGAGUCAUGCAGCAGAGCAGAUUCUCUUCAGUUUUGAAUCUCUUUAGUUAAGUACAGUGGUACCUCGGGUUACAUAUGCUUCAGGUUACAUACGCCUCAGGUUACAGACUCCGCUAACCCAGAAAUACUGCUUCAGGUUAAGAACUUUGUUUCAGGAUGAGAACAGAAAUUGGGCUCUGGCGGCGCAGCGGCAGUGGGAGGCCCCAUGAGCUAAAGUGGUGCUUCAGGUUAAGAACAGUUUCAGGUUAAGUACGGACCUCCGGAACGAAUUAAGUACUUAACCCGAGGUACCACUGUCAUCCAAUCUGGCUUGCCCAGAUGGAUUAUUCCUGGUGUCCCCUUUUAUCCCUCUUAAAAGAAUAAAGGCACAAGAAUCUUUCCAUAAAA